AAGAAGCCGUGCAUACCAGUUCAUCCGCAUAAAGAACCCGACCCUCACACGUUUACCUCUCGUAUAUACAUUUUCUGAAUCGUCGAUAACAACAAAACACAUUUCCAUUUCCCAAAUUGCGUCAUCGACGAUUUCCCCCAAAAUCUAGGGUUCAUUUUUCCUGUCGUAUCGCACGUUAAUCAGCAUCUUCAAAGAUCUAAUUAAUCCAAGUCUUUCAUCCUGCAAUUUUUCUGGUGAAAUUUCAAAUCUAGGGUUUCUAUCAUCUUUCACUACUCGCAACCAUGAAUCAAGACUAUGAUUACCUCUUUAAGCUUUUGCUUAUUGGAGAUUCUGGCGUUGGAAAGUCAUGCCUUCUGCUGAGAUUCGCGGAUGAUUCAUACGUUGAGAGCUACAUUAGCACUAUUGGUGUUGAUUUUAAAAUUCGUACAGUUGAGCAGGAUGCAAAAACCAUUAAGCUUCAAAUUUGGGAUACUGCUGGACAAGAGCGUUUCAGGACCAUUACAAGUAGCUACUACCGUGGUGCUCAUGGAAUUAUAAUUGUAUAUGAUGUAACAGAUCAACAAAGUUUUGACAAUGUUAAGCAAUGGUUGAAUGAAAUUGACCGCUAUGCAAGUGACAAUGUUGUCAAAAUUUUGGUCGGAAACAAAUCUGACUUGACCUCCAACAAGGUGGUAUCAUCUGAAACUGCAAAGGCAUUUGCGGAUGAGAUUGGGAUCCCAUUCUUGGAAACGAGUGCUAAGAAUUCAACCAAUGUAGAACAAGCAUUCAUGACAAUGGCAGCGGAGAUUAAGAAAAGAGUGGCUAGCCAACCCGCAUCUAAUGCUACGAGACCCACAACAGUACCAAUUCGUGGGCAGCCUGUGGGCCAGAAAUCCAACUGUUGCUCAUGAUUUACUGGUCGUUCUGUUAUGCUGCUAACCAGCGCGCGACAUGGAGCAAGACCGCACAGCCAAAGUAAAUUCACCCUUGUGGAAUGUGUUAUGCAUCAAUCUACCUGCAAGUUUCGUGUCUGUAUAUUACGCUCUACCAAAUUGAUGUGUGAGCUUUUGUGUUGGAUAGAUUUCAAAUUGUUCUUUUCAUCAAAUAUAACUUGAUAUACACUAAGUGGUUGUCGUUUACAACCCUCUCAGAACUGUUUAAUUCGCUCUUUAGAUAUUUCACUUUGGUCUUUGAGUUA